AUUUUGCACUGAUAACUUUACGUGUAUUUAAGUAUUUAGUUUUUCAAACUAAGUGUACUUUUAGUUGAGUAGAUUAUUUCUGAAGCUUCAGAUUCUCCGCUGAAUCAUCAAUCAGCUGUUAUUCUCCUUCCGGUCCACCAGGCGACGCUGCUGCACCGAAACGGCUCAUCUCAGAAGAAGACAGUCAGUCCAAAGUCUGAUCCGCCUGUUUGGAUUCAGAACUUUGUGGGAUUCCUGGUGGACCGAAGCAUCGCUAUGAACAGGCUGAAGCUCAUCUCCGGACACCUGAGUCCCGGCGGCUCCGCGGCGCCGCUGCCCGAUUUACGGAGCUUCGACUGCGGCUGCGCGGCGCCCAGUCCCGGGGACGAGGUGGUGGUGGUCCACGGCCGGAGGACCGCGAUCGGAAAGGCCAAGAAAGGAAGUUUCAAGGACACCACGCCAGACGAGUUGCUGAGCGCCGUGAUGACUGCCGUCCUGAAGGACGUGGGACUGUCCCCGGAUCAGCUGGGGGACGUCUGUGUGGGAAACGUUCUGCAGCCCGGAGCCGGAGCUCUGAUGGCCCGAGUGGCUCACUUCCUCAGCGGUUUUCCAGAGAAGGUUCCAGUUUACACGGUGAACAGGCAAUGUUCCUCUGGCCUGCAGGCGCUGCUCAACAUCGCAGGAUCCAUCCGGAGCGGAUCCAUUCAGCUGGGCCUGGCCUGCGGAGUGGAGAGCAUGUCGCUCCGAUCCAUGGGGGAUCCAGGAGAUCUGAGCUCCGGACUGUCGGCCAACGCCAAGGCGAGAGACUGUCUGAUCCCCAUGGGCGUCACGUCGGAGAACGUCGCCGAGCGUUUCGGAGUUUCCCGCCGGCAGCAGGAUUCCUUCGCUCUCGACUCGCAGAUCAAGGCGGCCCGGGCCCGGGACUCGGGGCGGUUCGACCGGGAGAUCGUUCCCGUGUCCGUCACGGUCCGGGACGAGUCGGGCCGGGAGCGGCGGCUGGAGGUCCGGACGGACGAGGGAAUCCGGGCGGGAACGACCCUGGAGGACCUGGCCCGGCUCCGACCCGCCUUCAAACCCGAUGGAACCACCACGGCAGGAAACUCCAGCCAGGUGAGCGACGGGGCGGCGGCGGUUCUGCUGGGCCGCCGGGCCGCCGUGGAGGAACUGGGUCUGCCGGUUCUGGGCGUGCUGCGGGGCAGCGCCGUGGUGGGCGUCCCGCCCGACCUGAUGGGCGUCGGCCCGGCGCUGGCCAUCCCGGCCGCGCUGCAGCAGGCAGGGCUGAAAGUGAACGACAUCGACGUGUUUGAGAUCAACGAGGCGUUCGCCAGCCAGGUGACUCUCUCUAGGGGGCGCCAUCGCUCUGGGUCACCCUCUGGGCUGCACCGGCGCCCGGCAGGUUGUGACGCUGCUGAACGAGCUUCGGCGCCGAGGCAGGAGGGCGUUCGGAGUCGUCUCCAUGUGCAUCGGAACCGGGAUGGGAGCCGCCGCCGUGUUCGAGUUCCCCGGGCCAUAGCGACCCGGUUCUGGCGGGUCCAACAGCUCCGGCCCAGAACAUCAGGAAUGUUUCCAGUGAUUCCAGUUUGAUCGGCCCGAUUCCCAAAAACUGGUUUCAGUUUCUGUCCGAAGUUUAAAUCCGACCCGCUGCUGACCUCAGCCGAUAACGACCCGAGUGAAAUGCCGGGUCAGCGCCGAGGAGGACGAGUUUCCUGCAGAUCCUCUUAAAGGGCCGGUUCAGACCGAAUGAGUUAAUAAAACCAGCCAAUCAUGUCUUGGAAUGAAAUAAUGUUGAACGUUUCCUCCUGAUGAUGUAAUAAAGGUACAAACGGUCUGUUUCCUCA